CCCGUACAAAUCUUGCACUCGGUUAAAAAUUCGUAAAAUUAUAAGAUAAGAUAUCGUUAUCAUCGUUAUUUUUAUUCCCGACUUUGCAGUUUUAGUUUCUAUGGAAACGCGUGGCAAACAAAGCAAUAUGGCGACAGCAUAAAUAUCUUAUAAAUAAAACAGAAAGCAUCCAAAACAAAAAUAUCCUUUAAAAUGUCCAAAGAGGUCGAAAAUACCUAUAAAAUUCGUCCAAAUUUCAAAGAUAAAUUUCGUCCAGCUACCGUAAAAUCUCUAAUUCAUAAUGUUUUGCACGAGGAACUGGCUGGAAAACAAUACAAUAGCGAUGAAUGUACCUUAUGGUCAAAAAAAUUAUCCGAAAUGAUAAAAGGAAAAAUAAAAGAUCUCAAGCUUGACAGAUACAAGAUAUUAGUUCAAGUUGUAAUUGGUGAACAGAAAGGAGAAGGAGUUAAAGUUGCAUGUCGAUGUCUUUGGGACUCUGACACUGACAAUUACGCACAAGAUAUAUUCAUGACGGAUACUUUUUUUUGUGUUGCGUCAGUUUAUGGUGUUUAUCAUUAUUAACAGAGAUAUUCAUUCAUCACAAAUUGAAAACGCUGUUCCAUUUCAAGACAUUUUUGCGCGAAUUUCAAUCAUCAACUGAACAAUUAUUUUACCGACACUGCAAAUCCUGAUAAAUUUGCAGAUUCAAUUAGUUUUCAGUUUUUGUGUUUGAAACAUAGAACUCAUCAGAAGUAAAGUUUUUAAAUAUCAUAAUCAACAACAACCUACUAAAAGCUUGUUAUAAAUUACUUUAAAAACAUGCCAUGGCGCUCUAUGGACAAUUUAAACAUCUAAAAUCUAAUUUCUAAUUCUAUAAAUCUCACUUAUCCUGACUUUUAUUGUAAUGUCAGAAUGUUCAUAGUGAUUUACACUACAAUGCAGUACUGAAAUAUUACAUGUAUGUACGUUCACGAGAAA